ACUAUUGUCACUAUCACUAUUUCAACCAUCACGUCCAUACUAUCUUAACACAACAGUAUACGUAAAGGCUAUUAAACACGGUCAUACUAGCUUUACCAUGCCUCAAGUACAGUUCUUCGGGUCUUAGGUCGGAGGAGGGACUGUGAUCAACUACAGCUACACUGAUAUGCCGUGGAAACUGGUGUUCUGGGAUUUUUGGAAUUUUCUUAAGUACGCCCGAUAUCUGCCCUGGGUUGUAUGGCCUAUAUGGCCUUGCUAUGGUGGAAAGUUUGACGAGCUCUCAUUCACAUUUCCACAUAUGUGGUGUGUUUUUGUGCACAUCAUCCUCGCUAUACUUCAAGUUGCUUUCAUUCUAGCGCUGCCAUCGGUGUUCAUCCUUCCUGGAUGGCUCUUCAUAUCCGGAUUCAUUACUUUCUUCGUCGUCAACCAGCUAAUAUGCCGAACUUUGAAUGGAAGCACAAUACAAUACACAUCCGAGCUAAGAUACUCACCUAACUCGGAGAAAUUUGAGCACGAGCAGUGGAUUUUCUUAAACGGUAUUUCCGUCGGGGAAGCCUGGCUCAGGGGUAACCUUAAUCGCCUAGCACUUACCUUCGGGCGACCUGUUAUAGGCAUUCAUAAUCGCACAAGCGGAGUCAUCUUCGAUAUACUGGAAGCUAUAGUUCAACGCUGCUUCGGAUAUGCAACCACUGAUAUUCGUCUAGCUUACAAGAUUCUCAAGGAUAAGCUGUAUAAUCCGCAGUAUACAACAGUGGUCUUCAUUUUACACUCACAAGGUGGUAUCGAAGGGGGGCUUGUUAUAGACUGGCUUUUACAGGAGGUUCCGCAGGAUCUUCUCGCCAAGCUUGAAGUUUACACCUUCGGCAAUGCGGCAAAUCACUUCAAUAACCCACAUCGGCAUCAAAAAAGCCAGGAAGCGCAAGUAAAGAAUCCCCAUAUCUUAGACAGGAUAUUCGAGCAGUUUCCUUAUCUCCCAGCCGACAUGGACCAGACAGCAGCCAAAAAGAGUUUUGACAAUGCACAACCUCAUACACUGAUUCCCAACGGCCAGGGUUCAGGGGAACUCGAACCUCAUGGUGCCGCCUUAGAUCGAGCUAUCGGAUACAUAGAACACUACGCUCAUACUACUGACUUCGUUGCUCUUUGGGGUGUUCUACAUUUCAUAACCAAUACUCGAGCUUCACCGGAGAUUCCUCGUUUUGUUGGUCGGCUCUUCGCUCAUGAAUCUCUUGGGGGCCACCUGCUAAACCAACAUUACCUUAACGAUAUGUUUCCACUGGCUAAAAAUGAAUUCGGGGAGUUCACGGGUUGCGCAGAAAGCAACGAAUUUAUGGAUAGCGUCAUCAGCCCACCAGGGCAGGGAGAGGGUGAUAACCUUAUCCAAGCUAUCCGCGAAGGCCUCGGUCAUAGCUUCGCGGCGCUGAAUCAUAUCGCCCUAGCUAAAUCCGAUGUUUCUGUACAAGGGAGAUUGGCCAAGGAAGUAAGUGAUUUGGAUGGACCGGUACGAGUUAGGGACCUCAGUCGUCUAUGGCAUUAUAGGAAUGGGCAAACCCCUGGUAGCUUACGAAAAGUCUGAAAGGAGGACGUGCUAUUGGUAUUGGCAUUAUUUUUCAUUUCAACUUGCCCGUUUCGAUCAACGAGAGGCAUGUGCGGACUUGCAUUUUCUUCCACGGAAUGACUCCCACCAUUUGAUUUUAAUAUGCCCAUCAAAAAUAGAAUUUAGGAUUUUCUUCGAGCGUCGGUAUAAUUUUCGGCUAACCUCAACCCAUCUUCAAGACUGACUAGCGAAUUCCAUAUUAUUCAAUUCAUCUAGGAGGAAAUCAAAGCCGUGUACGAAAGCAUGAUCAAAUUUAUUUAUAUUAGAUAUGAACGUCAAGAAAAAUACUAGUUGAGCGAACCUGUACAA